CUCAGACCUACCUCGCUGGCAUGGACUUGCCUGAUAGCCCAGACUCUCAGCUGAUCCUGACUGCCAUCCCUGGGUCUGCCUGUCUCAGCUCACUCAUACGCCGUGGGAUGGUGCUCUGGCUGAUUUUGUUCACCUGAAUAAUCAGCCCAUUCAAAGGGGGAUCUCUUGUCCCUCUGAAGACCCCCCAACGGUACCAAAACUGUGGAGUCCUUCAAUGCAUGGAAUGACUCGGGAGCCAAUACCUACACAUUGAUGGACCUGUCUCUUAGAGCCCCAACAAAAAUGACACUGCAAGAUGUUCCUGGUGCCUUUCCUACAGUGGAUGUCCCAGACCAUGCCCAUUACACAAUUGGAGCAGUCAUUCUUAUAGUGGGAAUCACAGGAACUCUGGGUAAUUUCCUGGUCAUCUAUGCUUUCUGCAGGAGUAGGAGCCUUCAGACUCCAGCCAACGUAUUCAUCAUCAAUCUAGCUAUUAGUGACUUCCUGAUGUCCAUUACGCAAUCUCCAGUUUUUUUCACCAACAGCCUCCACAAACAUUGGAUUUUUGGUGAGAAAGGCUGUGAGCUGUAUGCCUUCUGCGGAGCUCUUUUUGGCAUUACAUCUAUGAUCACUUUGAUGGUGAUUGCCUUGGACAGAUAUUUUGUCAUCACAAAACCUCUGGCUUCUGUUGGAGUGACGUCUAAGAAGAAGGCCCUAAUAAUCCUAGUAGGAGUCUGGCUGUACUCUUUGGCUUGGAGCCUCCCGCCCUUCUUUGGAUGGAGUGCAUACGUUCCCGAGGGUCUGCUGACUUCCUGUUCCUGGGACUACAUGACUUUCACACCAUCAGUCCGCGCCUACACAAUGUUGCUUUUCUGCUUUGUCUUUUUCAUUCCUUUGAUUGCUAUCAUAUACAGCUAUGUCUUUAUAUUUGAGGCUAUCAAGAAGGCCAACAAGUCUAUUCAAACAUUUGGAAGCAAACAUGGAAAUAAAGAGUUCCAGAAACAGUAUCAGAGGAUGAAAAAUGAGUGGAAGAUGGCCAAAAUUGCAUUGAUUGUCAUCUUGCUUUAUGUCAUUUCCUGGUCACCAUACUCUGUUGUUGCUCUGGUAGCUUUUGCUGGGUAUUCCCAUGUCCUAACACCCUUCAUGAACUCCAUACCAGCUGUGAUUGCCAAAGCUUCUGUCAUCCAUAACCCCAUCAUUUAUGCUAUUACUCACCCAAAAUACAGAACAGCCAUUGCAACAUAUGUUCCUUGCCUUGGAUGCCUGCUGAGAGUUUCUCCUAAACACUCACGGUCUUUCAGCAGUUACCCCUCCUCCAGACGAGCAACUGUAACCAGCCAGUCUUCUGAGAUAAGUGGGCUGCAGAAAGGAAAAAGGCGACUGUCUUCUCUCUCUGACAGUGAAUCAGGCUGUACUGACACAGAAACUGAUACCCCCAGUACGUUCUCCAGACUUGCUAGCAGACAGAUUUCCUAUGAUACGGGUAAAGACACAACUCAAACUAGUGACAUAAGAGCCAAACCUAAACUGAAGAGCCGUGAUUCUGGGAUUGGUGAGAAGACACCUGUAGAUGCUGAUGACAUAUCCAUGGUAGAAUUGAAUGUGACAGAGUACACUGCUACACCUACCAAAGAUGAAAGCCUGAAAGGUGUUGGACAAAGAAAAGAGUCUCACCACAGACAUUCUGCAGCCCAGAUACCCAGCAUUACAAUAACAUACAGCAAUGUCCAAGGAGUAACGCUGCCUUCUGGAUACAACUCUGGUUUCCUGUACCCUAAGAUCAACAGCCAUAAGCAUAACAAGAAGUCCAACAGCUAAGUGAGUGGGGCAAGCCAGAAUGUCACCUUAGCCAAUACCUCCGGAACAACUAUGGACCAGCUGAAUCCAGAAUACCUUCCUACAUUGUUCAGAAAUGCUCCUACAAAGACACAACACAAGACAAGCAAGGAUAAAAGCAAGGGGAGUAAGCUUUUCAGCAUGAGAACUCUCUCCAGUGGUUCACUACUUGAUCUGAGUCAUGUUGUAAUUUUAUUAUCUCUUCUUUAUGCAGCUCAUGAAAUGAUUUCUUCUAUUUGGAUUUUACUCUGCUCAGGUAUAUUCCACCACUGCAGGGAUCUUACCUACAAGCCUCCUAGGAUUAACUUGAGAGGAAAGGGAAGUAUGAAAUUCAAAGCUGGCCUUUGUUCACUUAGUGUAGUUUAACUUCAAAGCUAUUAUAGAGCUAAAGCUGAGAGAUUUGGGGAAAAAUGUACAUUACUUCCUGAAGAUGGUUUCUCCAUUAUUGUGAACUUCCUCAACCAAAUGAAAAUCACAGUGUCAGUGCUCCCUUCCAUCGUUAAUAACACAUUUGCCCUCAUUUUCUUCUACAAUCCAUUUGAAAGACAAUGCACUUGGGCAGUAAUUUGAAGUCUCAGAUCUAUAUUUUAAUUUCUGAGAUUCUGGAGCAAGAAAAGGGAAUAACAUUGAGGAGGAGGCUAUGGUCCUUUCUAUACUUAGUUUCUUUUUCCAACUGUCACUUAAGAGAUGCAUUUAACCCACUCUUAGCUAACCUCCCCAGAGCUAUAGAAGAGUAUUAGGAAACUCCUCCUGAGUUUCCUUUAGCAGGUUUUAUGAGAAGAAUGCAGAAUUCACAGCAAUGUUUAUACUGAGGUGUCUUAUGGGUAAGUCAGUACAUCUGCCUUCUAAUGCUUCAAAGUGGUUUACCUUUAGAUGUGCUUUUUUUAAGUAGAUCUUGGGAGGAGAAAGGUUAGUUCUCCAAAAACAGUUGUUCUAGAGAUGUGUGGAAUCCACACCAUCCCCACUUUAGCAUUUUAAUAGAACAGAGAUGGAAAGGAGCUAUUACAGUUCCUCCCUUCACCUACCACAACCGGAUAUUGUCUCCAGGCAGAGAACAAUAUUAAACUGAUAAUAUAUGCAGCUAGCAAUAAGGAGAAGGAAGGGAGAAAUCAUAUAAUCUUCAAAAAGGAAGUAUGUUCAAAGAUAUUCAUCAAGUCUAAGAAAUUUUAUUAUGACUUAUUGCUUAGGUUUUUAAAAUUAUUUUAAAAUACGAACCAUGUAAUUCUUCCCAUCCUUUGUCAUGAAGGCUAUUCACACUAGUGAAAACUGGGAACAAAUACUAGCGAAUGUUGCCCGUUUCAUAUGGGUCACAAAAGGCUGAACCUGUCAAGAAAAUAGGCCAAAACUCACACACGUUUUUCAUGUGUUACUAAGAAGUGCAUGGUAUGUGUCCCUAAGAGCUAGACCCUUUGUUCUUGUCAUGAUUUUGUUCCCAAGUACUAUCCUAGAAGACUAUACUCUGCACUCUUCUGCAUUCCCUUCCACUUUUAGAGGGUAUAAAAAGAAUACUUCCAUGGCUAGAAAAGCCUUACGAAUGCACCGCAUGUUGUUCUCUAUAUCCUUCAACUCCAACAUGUACUAGAGAUUAGUUUGAAUCUAUAAAAAGAACUACAGCUGUUUGUGCUCGUCUACUUAGAAAACCACAUAUUAAUUAGGGAGAAUUUGUUUGGGAGCACUUCAAAACUCUUGUGUGUACUCCCUGUGUAACUGACAGCUUUGCCUUCCCUUCACCUCUACUGAGACUAGAAAAAUCAUUCAGGGGAAGCCUACAGAAUUCAUUUCACCUGAAUAUCUCUAAGUGAUUCACUCUGUAACCCCAGUGGUAUUUGGAAUAAAUCAUUAUUAGUUCAUAUUUCAUCUCAUCUUAGCAGCUUUAUUUGUGUCCUGUAUCCUCUACUUGGCAGCCAUUCUUUCCGCUUUGCUGUCUCU